AUUUCCACCGUCAUGGCCAUGACCAUGGGGCCAUCCAAAUCGGUUCUUUGACUGUCUCUCCACACGGCGGGCCUGGGACGAACCGAAGAAGUGAAAGGCGACGCAGUGUUUCUCUCCUUUCAAAUGCUCCUUCUUGUCUCUGAUCAGCCUUCAGUCUUUGGAUUGCAGGAGGUUCCGGUUCUGCGCAAUCCAUGGCGAAGAAGGCCGCCUCACUGCCUCCACUCUCUACGCGCCAGGUGUUCUGGUUGGGCUGGAGGCUCGUGAUCGUCCUCUCCGUCUCUCUCUGCCUCUUCGCUCUCCUCCGACUCCAUCGCUACUCUCAGGCAGACCUCUCUCCUUCCUCGUUUUCGCUCUCUCGCAGAUCUCGAAUUGAAUUCGAAGGUCCUCCGAAGGUCGCGUUUUUGUUCCUUGCUCGUCGCAACCUGCCGCUCGAUUUUCUUUGGCGGAGCUUCUUCGAGAAUGCUGAUGUGGCUAAUUUCUCGAUAUAUGUUCAUUCGGAGCCUGGUUUUCUGUUUGAUGAGUCGACUACGAGGUCUGCCUUCUUCUAUGAUCGGCAGUUAACUAAUAGUAUUAAGGUGGCAUGGGGAGAAGCAAGUAUGAUUCAAGCUGAGAGGUUAUUACUAGGUGUAGCACUUGAGGAUCCAGCAAAUCAGAGAUUUGUGCUCUUGUCGGAUAGCUGUGUUCCUUUGUACAAUUUUAGCUAUAUUUACAGCUACCUGAUGGCUUCACCAAAAAGUUUUGUUGACAGUUUUCUCGACAAAAAUGAAAGCCGCUACAACCCUGAGAUGUCACCUAUUAUUCCAAAGAACAAAUGGCGAAAAGGAUCACAGUGGAUUUCUUUAGUACGGAGCCAUGCUGAGGUUGUUGUAGAUGAUGAGGUCAUCUUUCCUGCCUUCAAGAAAUUCUGCAAGCGUCGGCCACCUGUAGAUGCCAGCAAAGGAGAGCAGAACAUUAAGCUUCAGAAGCAGCACAACUGUAUCCCAGACGAACACUAUGUUCAGACACUAUUUGCAAUGGGCGAUCUUGAAGGUGAACUUGAACAAAGAACAUUGACCUACACUUUGUGGAACCAACCUAAGACAAAUAUGGACAAUAAAGGUUGGCAUCCUAUUACAUUUGGCUAUGCAGAUGCAGGUCCUCAGCAAAUCAAGAGAAUAAAGGAUAUCGACCGUCUACACUAUGAAAGCGAACACAGGACUGAGUGGUGCCGCAAUAAUUCUACACGUGUCCCAUGUUUUCUAUUUGCAAGGAAGUUCUCUCGUGGAGCUGCCAUGCAUAUUUUCAGCAAUGGCGUGGUUGGCCCGUUUGACGUCUCUGCACUAAUAGAUGCACCACCAUGAUCUUUCUUAGAUGCUCUGAUGUUUCAUUGGUUAAUAGCUUAUCAUAACUUAAAUAGAUUUGUUCCGAUAAUAGAAAUGCGAGGGAAAGUUUCGUUAAACAAGAAGGUACAACCCUGUAGCAGCAGAUGUUUAAUGGUGAAGGGAGGAGAACUGUAUGGGCCAUGGACUAUUGGAAAUUGAAGCACGUCAGUCUCUCGGCAGAUUUAUUCUUAAAGCUUGUUCUUCAAUUCCCACUUUUACGCCCUGUCUACUCAGAUUAGUACUAGACUACUGAUAACAAUUCAACAGAACAGCAGGAAGAAAUUAAAAAAAAAAAAAAAAUCAUUCAUUACAAUAUAGCUGCUGUUUGACACCGACUAGCAAUCAAGAAACCAACAGAUUCAAUAACUACCCUUUGGAAUGUCCAAUGGGUGGAAGGCAAAACAUUUGUUUUCUUUCUUUGGUGCAAAGUUGUUGGGUUAUUCUA